GGAGCCCCACGACCGGGAUGAGCCUAGGCGCUGGCUUCAGCCACGCUUACUGCUGUGUUGCUGCGAUGCGCAGGCCCCCGCCCUGGGUUGCUGUCUUCAGGACAAGGAGGAGAGUGGGGACACGGGCAGCUCCCGCCCCUGCCCCUUAGUAGGGCCUAGCUGGCCCAUCCCUGGCGGAGUGCUAAUCUAGUCGCCUCGGAACUCUGGCUUCUUGAGUCACCACGCUACAGUGAACUGCUUUCAGGUCCAGGCUAGCCAAAAUUCCUUUCGGAUAGAAUAUGAUACCUUUGGUGAACUCCAGGUCCCAAACGAUAAGUAUUAUGGCGCCCAGACUGUGAGGUCCACCAUGAACUUUAAGAUUGGAGGUGUGACGGAACGCAUGCCAAUCCCAGUUAUCAAAGCUUUUGGCAUCUUGAAGCGAGCAGCUGCUGAAGUAAACCAGGAUUAUGGUCUCGAUCCAAAGAUUGCUAAUGCAAUAAUGAAGGCAGCAGACGAGGUAGCUGAAGGUAAAUUAAACGAUCAUUUCCCUCUUGUGGUGUGGCAGACUGGAUCAGGAACCCAGACAAACAUGAAUGUAAAUGAAGUCAUUAGCAAUAGAGCAAUUGAAAUGCUAGGAGGUGAACUUGGUAGCAAGAAACCUGUGCAUCCCAACGAUCAUGUUAAUAAAAGCCAGAGCUCAAAUGAUACUUUCCCAACCGCAAUGCACAUUGCUGCUGCCCUGGAAGUUCACAAAGUACUGCUACCUGGACUCCAGAAGCUCCAUGAUGCUCUCGAGGCAAAAUCCAAGGAGUUUGCCCAGAUCAUCAAAAUUGGGCGCACUCACACACAGGAUGCCGUGCCACUCACUCUUGGGCAGGAAUUUAGUGGUUAUGUUCAACAACUGAAAUAUGCAAUGACGAGAAUAAAAGCUGCCAUGCCAAGAAUCUAUGAGCUGGCAGCUGGAGGCACUGCUGUCGGAACUGGCUUAAAUACUAGAAUUGGCUUUGCAGAAAAGGUUGCUGCAAAGGUGGCUACACUCACAGGCUUGCCUUUUGUUACAGCUCCAAAUAAAUUUGAAGCUCUGGCUGCUCAUGAUGCUUUGGUAGAGCUCAGUGGAGCCAUGAACACUACCGCUUGCAGUCUGAUGAAGAUUGCAAAUGAUAUUCGUUUUCUGGGUUCUGGUCCUCGUUCUGGUCUGGGGGAACUGAUUUUACCUGAAAAUGAACCAGGAAGCAGUAUCAUGCCAGGCAAGGUGAACCCUACCCAGUGUGAAGCAAUGACCAUGGUUGCAGCCCAAGUCAUGGGGAAUCAUGUCGCCGUCACCGUCGGAGGCAGCAAUGGACAUUUUGAGUUGAAUGUUUUCAAGCCAAUGAUGAUUAAAAAUGUGUUGCACUCAGCCAGACUGCUGGGGGAUGCGUCGGUUUCUUUCACUGAAAACUGCGUGGUGGGAAUCCAGGCCAACACAGAAAGGAUCAACAAGCUAAUGAACGAGUCUCUAAUGUUGGUGACAGCUCUUAAUCCUCAUAUAGGGUAUGACAAGGCAGCAAAGAUUGCUAAGACAGCACACAAAAAUGGAUCAACCUUAAAGGCAACUGCUAUUGAACUUGGCUAUCUCACAGCAGAGCAGUUUGAUGAGUGGGUGAAGCCUAAGGACAUGCUGGGUCCAAAGUGAAUUUAAAAAGUCUAAAGUAAAAUAAUUAAAUCGUAUAAAAUAAAAAAGAAAAUAGACUC